AUGUCAGGUGACAAGAGGACUGGAGGUAUUGCUUGGGCUGGAAGUUUAGUGGGAUCGGAAAAUCCCAAAAGCUUGGGUUACCGGUAUUCCAAUCCAGCAAAGCGAUAUCGAAAAGACGGCGAAAAUGAGGAAGAACAUAAGCUACCAACAAAUCUUGUCAUUCAAUUUCGAAAUCGACAAGGAGAAGAGUUGGCGGACAAUCUGGACGUCCCUACGGGAUCAUCUGUUGACGAUUUACAAGCUUUGAUCCGCUCGCUUUUGGAGCAACAAGGCGAUGGCGAUAAUGCAAAGAUACCCUACUCGUUCUAUGCCAAAGUGGAAAAGAACGGAGUCCUUGACGACGUUGAAAUCACGCAUCGGUUAUCUGACUUUUUGAAUGAAAACAAAGUUUCCACUGAAGAUGUUUUGCAAUUGACCUACCAGCCGUUGGCUGUCUUUCGAGUCCGACCGGUAACAAGGUGUACUGACACAAUGCCGGGCCAUACAGAAGCCAUUCUUCACGUUUCAUAUAGUCCCGAUGGAAAGCACCUUGCCAGUGGAGGAGGAGAUACAACAGUUCGUUUCUGGGAUGUGAAUACAAGUCUGCCCAAACAUACUUGCAAACAACACAAAAAUCACGUAUUGUGUACAGCUUGGUCGCCCGAUGGAACCCGAUUCGCAAGUUGUGACAAGAACGGAGUGUUGAUUCUAUGGGACCCAACCAAUGGCAAGCCAAUUUUCUCCAAAAAGGCACAUCGCCAGUAUAUUAGCAGUCUUUCCUGGGAACCAAUGCAUCUAAACGGCGGCAAAUGUGAGCGACUAGUCACAAGCUCAAAAGACUCGACGUGCAAAGUCUGGAACGUUCGCACCCAGCAAUGUCUAUUGACCUUGAGUGGCCACACAGACAGUGUCGAAUGCGUUCGAUGGGGCGGAGAAGGCUUUUUAUAUUCUGCGAGCCGAGACCGAUCCAUUAAAGUCUGGACCAUGAAGGAUGGGGACGUACCGGGAAAGUUGGUCCGCAGUCUGAAAGGACACAGUCAUCGAGUCAACACAUUGGCACUCUCUAGCGAUUACAUCUGCCGAACAGGACCUUUCGAUCACCGCGGUACUCCUUUUGCCUCGCGAGAAGAAGGAUUCCAAGCAUCAGUAGAAAAGUACAAGAAUUUUAUUCAGCAGGGGCACGAGCGAUUGGUUUCGGGAAGUGACGAUUACACGCUAUUCCUGUGGCAUCCAACCCAAGAAAAGCACCCAAUUAAGCGGCUCACUGGACAUCAACAAGCAGUCAACCACAUUGCCUUUAGUCCAGAUGGUCGUUAUUUUGCCUCUGCAUCCUUUGACAAGAAGGUCAAGCUGUGGAAUGGGUUUUCUGGAGACUUCUUGAACACAUUGACUGGUCAUGUCGGCCCUGUCUAUCAAGUAGCAUGGAGUUCUGAUUCUCAAUACCUAGUGAGUGCUAGCAAAGACAGUACCGCCAAACUGUGGGAAGUUCCAACUGGCAAACGAGCAAGAGCAACACUCCCAGGUCACGCCGACGAAGUAUUUGCCCUUGAUUGGAGCCCCAAUGGCGCUAGUGUUGCCACGGGUUCUAAAGAUCGAACAAUCAAGAUAUGGAAGUGUUAA